GGAGAGAGAUUAGAGUAAUUUUGAUCGAUCAGAAAGACGGAAAAAGAAGAGAAAUGGGCGUCUCUGCUACCGUAUCAUCUAUUGGAAUCGUGCUCUUAUUGUUCUCCGUUUCUGAUGCUCUUCUACCCAGGUCUGAAAUAUCCGAACAAAGAGAGUUUGAUUACUUCAUCUUAGCUCUCUUAUGGCCAGGAACUCUCUGCCGAGGAACCGAUCGUUGUUGCCCCUCAAAUGCUUGUUGCCGAGGGGAGAACGCUCCGACGGAGUUUACAAUUCACGGAUUAUGGUCAAACUACAAUGACGAUACAUGGCCUGCAUGCUGCAAUGGUCCUGCUUUUAACCUCAAAGAGGUCUCAACAUUGCUAAGUGCUCUCGAGGAGUAUUGGCCUACUUUAAGUUGCGAUGCAUCAUCAACCUGUGACGGUGGGAAAGGACUUUUUUGGGCUCAUGAGUGGGAAAAACAUGGGACUUGUUCAUCAUCCGUUGUCCAUACCGAAUAUGAUUACUUUUUGACAACACUAAAUCUCUACUUCAAAUAUAAUAUUACAAAAGUUCUGAAUGAUGCUGGAUACUUGCCUUCAAACUCGGAAAAAUACCCUUUGGGCGGUAUCAUCACCGCAAUUCAAAAUUCCUUUCAUGCAACACCAUUGCUCGUUUGUUCUAAUGGGGCCGUGGAAGAACUGAGGUUAUGCUUUUACAAAGAUUUCCAGCCACGAGAUUGUGUAAAAUCUAAUGGUCUAGAUAACAUGCUAUCUAUGGAGAGCUCAUGCCCGGACUAUGUCAGCUUGCCAGAAUCUGCCUCUUUAGGGCUGGGAAAUGACCAGGCAUUUCAGGAAGUUGAAACAUUUUGAGAAAUCUCAUUUCAGUCCUUUCUCCUCAGAUGAUUGACUGAGCUUCAUUUCAUUUGUGUAUAUUUGUAUGAUCUGUUAUGGGAAAUUGGUCAAAUCUAUUGUGCUAUGAGUUAUUAUUAA